AGCAGACAUCGCUCGAAUCGUGCGUCGCAAUUAAAAAUUCGCUGAAUUUUAAAUCUAAUUGGGGUUAUUGCAGAGUAAACGAAUUUAGUAUACUGAUUGAAAAAAGUGAUCGCUUCUCAGCUGACUUCAAUAUUAAUGAAUGUUAUAGUGAAAACAAUAUUUUAAAAUAUUAUGGCUCCUACACAAAAAAAGAGUGCGAUUUGGUUGCAUUUUACCGUGUAGUGGACAAAAGGCUAAAUGCGAUAUAUGCCGAAUCGUUUAUUCGUUUAAAGGAGGUACAACCGGUAAUUUAAGGAAACAUUUACGAAUUAAACAUCCUACAAUUGUAAUCGAUGAAGAAACAGCUAUACAAAAAGAGGAAAAGCAAGCGUAUGAUACAGCCCCGUUCACGUCAUCAGAACCAAAGGCAAAUAAUAGCGACAGCAUAUUAACAAAAUCAGAUGUAAGUCCUGUUCCUGUUAAAAGGCAAAAACAAAUGAAUUUGUCAAAGUUCAGAGCCCAUCCACUAAGUCUGUCAAGGCAGAAAGAAAUAAAUGAGCUUGUUUUAAACAUGAUCGUCAAAGACAUGCAGCUAUUUUCCAUCGUUAGGGAUAAAGGUUUUUUAGAACUCCUAAAAAGACUUGAACCUAGUUAUAACCCUCCAAGUCGAAACACUUUUGUAACAACACUCUUAGAAGACAAAUAUGCACGUGCAAAAACAACUUUGAAGCUUAUUUUAGAACAAGCAGAAUUCAUUACUGUUACAACUGACGGUUGGACAUCUUCCGCAAAUGAAAAUUAUAUAUCUGUAACGGUCUAUUUUAUAAUAAAAAACUGGGAAUUUGUGUAGGGUUUGUUGAGCUGUUUCAAUUAUUC